AUGGGACGUCUUACAGUUGUCGCAGUUGCUUGCCUGCUCAUUGGGUUGGCAGUCAGUGCGCCCAUCAGGUACGCGGAUAGAUACGGUUACGCGAAGAAGUAUGAAGAUCACUACGACCGUUACGACAACAAAUACGAUCGUUACGGCGACAAGUAUGAAGACGAGUACGAUGAUACUUACGCCGGUUAUGAUGGAAAGUACGCUGACAAGUACGAUAAGUAUGACAAAUACGGCUACUACGACCGCUAUGAUGAAAAACAUGGUGACAAAUAUGGCAAAUGGGACGGAAAACUCGAUAAGUACGAUGCCUAUGACCGGUACGGUAAACUGCGACGAGAGGCCCAUGGUAAAUACCGCAAAUACGGUGACAAGUACGAUGAUGCCUAUGGUUACAAUGCCCACAAAUACGGUCGAUCGGACAAAUAUGAUAAAUACGACGAAUAUGACAAAUACGACAAAUAUGGCCCCAACUACGGUCGCUAUGGGGACAAGCACGAUGACGAUUAUGGCAAGUACGACAAACAUGAAAAGUACGAUAAAUACGGAAAGUACGACAAAUAUGAUCGAUACGACAAGUACGACCGCCGCGAGGAUAAAUACGGCGACAAGUACGAAAAAUACGACCGGUACGACAAGUACGACGAUGACAAAUAUGAUUACAACUACGAAAAGUAUGGCAAAUAUGAUAGAUACGACAAAGAUGACGACAAAUACGAAAAGUACAACAAAUACGAUGCACAUGACAAAUACGAUCACCACGAUGACAAAUAUGACGGCUACUACAAAAAGUACGAUAAAUACGAUCGCUACGACGAGUAUGACCGCCACGAGGAUAAGUACGACGACAAGUAUGAAAAAUAUGACAGAUACGGCCGGUACGACAAGUACGAUCGCCACGAUGACAAAUAUGGGGACAACUACGAAAAGUAUGGAAAAUACGAUGAAUACGACGAUAAGUACGGAAAAUUCGACAAGGUCGGUCGACACGACAAGUACGAUUACCACGAGGAUAAAUACGAUGACGAAUAUGAGGACAGAUAUGGAAAGUAUGACAAAUACGAUCGAUACGACAAGUAUGACCGCCGCGAGGAUGACAAGUAUGAAAAGUACGACAGAUAUGAUCGAUACGACAAGUAUGACCACCACGAUGACAAAUACGAAGACGAUCACAAAAAGUAUGAUAAAUACGAUCGACAUGACAAGUACGACUACCACGGGGACAAAUACGAUGAUGAAUACGAUGACAAAUAUGGAAAGUAUGACAAAUACGAUCGAUACGACAAGUACGAACGCCGCGAUGGUAAAUACGAUGUCAGACAUGAGGACAAAUACGGAAGGUAUGACAAAUACGGAAAGUAUGACAAGUACGACCAUCAUGAGGAUAAAUACGACGACAAAUACGGCAGAUACGCUGCUUAUGAUGGCAAAUAUGAUUAUGACAAACAUGACAACUACUACGGUCGCUAUGAGGGUAAAUAUGACGAAUAUGACAAUAAAUAUGAUGCCUACGACCGAUAUGGCAAACUGCGACGCGAGUCAUUCAGAUCUUUUGGCCGAUACUAG